GGAGUUUUGUUCGGCCGGUCCAAUUCGCACUUACUGGCUCCGCUCCCCGGCCUGCGAAGGGAAGGGUGGAAUUCUGGAUAUGGGCGCAUGUACGUGACAACUGACAGCUCCGUCCUUGUGUUGCAUUGCGACGCCCUGAAAGCUGGGGCGGAGCCAGUCGCGAAGCCACUUUUACAGACGGAUGCCGCGCUGUAAUGGUCUGACCCCCCUGUUCCGCGGCCUGCACUUAUUAGCUGCAGCUGUGCUUUGCAUGCCGUACAUGAUACACUUUCCAGAAUCUGAGAAAUUCCCAGGGAAACACGCGAGAAAACAGCCCCCUCUCCCCAAUUCAAUCUCCAGAUCCAGAUACGGAGCACUCGGCAGAGAGGAGAAGGGGGGGGGGAGGAGGGUGUGUUCCAGUCCGGUCCAGAUUGCUGGGUUAACUUUGGGACGACGACCCCCUUUUUCUGCUGUCUUGGUUGUUUUCCUUCACUCUUUCUUGCUGUCCCAUGGAUCGGGGGCGUGUUGCGCCAACGUAUUCCUGAGUCUAGAGCUCUCGUUAGUGGGGGUAUUGACGAUAACCCCCGGCGACGUGUACUAUAACUAUCGACUACCUGCAUAAUUAAUAAUCCAAACUGAAAAUCGACCGCCAUCUUUUCACCCACACGCGUGGAGGAAAAAGUCCGCGAAUGCCGCCGAACCGGCCUCGAGGUUUUCAGUUCCCGUACGUAUGCACGAUAAUAACCGGCCCCGGGACUUCCCGGCCUGUCGUAUAUAGGAUACGAUGUAUAGUAUACCUGCUUGGGCUGAAGGAAAGGCGUCUGCCCGUCACGAGUUGGUCGAGAAUCCAUGACCAUGAAACCUCAUCUCGUCGCUGCCUCUCCAAUACGUGGUGGUGUGCCGUUGUGGUCGCGUUGCCGACCACCCACCAGUAAUUAAAAACGAGCCUGGGUUUGAUUAGAGCCAUGAUGCUAUCGAUGUCGCCCUGAGCUGCCAGGCGGUAGUGGGUCGUUCAGGAUCUGCGGACGAGAUCAGGCAUUGUACCGUACUAUCGUAGGGUUAGUAACCGCUACUACCUUUCAAAAGUCUCGACCUCGAGAGGCGUGCCGUCGACGAUAGGGUUGAAAUGACGUGUGCGAACGCAUGCCUUGCAGCAGCCCGAUAGGUUGUAGGUUCUAAGAUGAGACAAGCGAGACAAGAUAGCCUCAACCCGCUUGGUGACGGAACCUGCAAAUUGCUUCAUUCCACGAUGUCUCGGACCUUGUUCCUGCAUUGAAUGCGGAAUGGACCAGCCGUCAUGUGUAUAUGUAUUCUCCGACGGCGUCGAGAAGGCGUGGGGAAAGGGGGUUCGACG